UCUGCAGGGGGCUGCGAGAGCAGGAAGCAUGUCGGUUACCUUGUCCCGCGCCUGCAGUGAGCGGCUAGAUUCAUGAAAAAGAACCUGGAACGGCCCUCCCCGGGGCUAAGUUGGUAUCAGUACAUGUCGUGGGGCCAGAGAAGAUAGAGGCAGGUAUUCCAGGGAUGUAGCUAUUCUGCAAAUCUGAGGACUCGGCUUCGGGAAGGGCUGUGGGCAAGCGUUUGAGGACUGUCCCUCUUCUCCCGGGCCGACGCGGGAUAUCCCGGAGACCCCGGAGAGGCUGCCACUCUGAUGUCUGGAGAAACAGGCCCUAAGCCCAGGCUGGCUAUGAAGAGUGACUCCUCGACCCCUGCAGCCCCCCUUAAGGGUCUCGGGGCGCCUCUCAGGAGCAGCGAGCCUGUACGCGUCGCCCCGCCUCCGUCGACAGCCGUGGUUCUGCUAGAGGAGGCUGCAGACCUCUUGGUGGUGCACCUGGACUUCCGGGCGGCACUGCAGACCUGCGAACGCGCCUGGCGGAGCUUGGCCAAAGAUGAUGCGGGCACUUCCUUGGAGGUGAAAUGCUCCCUGUGUGUUGUGGGGAUCCAGGCCCUGGCAGAAAUGAAUCGGUGGCAGGAAGUCCUGUCCUGGGUUCUUCAGUAUUACCAGGUCCCUGAAAAGCUACCUCCCAAAGUCCUGGAACUAUGUGUUCUUUUAUACAGCAAAAUGCAAGAGCCUGGAGCUGUGCUGGAAGUGGUCAGUGCCUGGCUGCAAGACCUUGACAAUCAGGGCCUUCCAGAAUACAGAGCUUUGGCAGAACUUCACCUGUACCGAGUGCUGCUGCCUCUGGGCUGCUUGUCGGAGGCUGAGGAGCUAGUGGUGGGUUGUGCAGCCUUCAGUGAGGAAGAGCGGCUGGACUUACUCCAGGCCAUUAGUAAGGCAAGGCAACAGCAGAAACACCAACACUCGGGCACUGAGGAGGCCCAGAAGCUAAACCAGGAAGGCUCCUUCUCCCACAAGUUCCUGUCACUAAUGAUGUUGCUUCGCCGGCUUUGGGAUUCUGCAGUGAGCCACUUCUUCUCCAUGCCCUUCAAAAAGAGCCUCUUGGCUGCCUUGAUCCUCUGCCUCUUGGUGGUAAGGUUUGAUACAGCUUCUCCUUCUUCUUUGCCCUGCCUCUACAAGCUGGCUCAGCUCUUCCAUCGGAUCCAAGAGGCCAUGUUUUCUCUCUACCGGCUUCCUAUCCACGAUUGAGUGACUUUUCCCAUUCCACUCAACCUCUAUACUCCCCAGGUCUGCCAUGACAGAAGCAGAGUAACUCAUCCAUGGUGGCCCUCCUAUUGCUGGCUGUGGCCCCACAGGGGUGGGGCCAGCCCCAAUUCUAGAAAGAGUUGAUCCAGUCUGGUGAACUAUGUUUUGCUGCCCGAGUGUUCUCCCCUUUGCACCCUAGUUUGGCUGGUGUUGGUAGGUAAUGCGGGAACAAAGUAGGGCCAGGGAGCACGAGUCCUCUGGAAUAAUACUCCCUUAUACCAAAGGCCCCUUCUAAAGGAGGGGUUUGGGAAAGGAGAGUAUAUCCAUGAAAUAUUCCAUCUUCUUGGUAAAAGCAAAGGAUUGGUUUUUUAGGUCAGAGUGUAAGGAAGCUGGAAGUUCAGAAAACUCUGAUGGAAUGACCCUUGGCCUUUCACUUGUGUGGAAAACUUAACCUCUGAAAAUUGUCUCACAGGUCAGGCCCUUAGUUAGGCAGAGUGAAGAUCUGAGAGGGCCACUUAUUUCUCUUCUCUGCUCUUCUCCACCAGAUCUGUGGAGAGGAGCAUAGAGAAGUUAUUUAUCAAUAUACCAUUCCUGUGGUUUCGCAGUAGGCUUGAAGCUGCUUGGGUCCUCUCUUUUCAUACCAGGACGUGGCUUUCAGAACCACCCAGGUAACUGCUGAAAGCAAAGUAAGGCUGCUCCGCUCUUCUCACUGGGUAAAGUGAUCUUGUUUGGUGCUUCUUGGGCUUCAGCUCAAUUUUCCAGGUUGUCAGUGGCCAAGUCCUGCUCUAUUACACACUCAGUAUUCCUGUGUUCUCUUUCUUCCUUUUAGUUCCUUCUUCCUGCUCUGCAAUGGUAUUUUUAUACUUUGUUUGAUGGCUGUCUAACCAGGUUCUGCCUACCCCCUUGGUAUAUACCGUUGCUGGUUCCUCUCCCCGCUUUCUGUGUCCUGUUGUUCUAGUUAUAGUCUAUUCUUUGUAUAAUAUGCAAAUUUUUCUGCUUGUGUGGCCUUGAAAAGUAGGUCAGCCUUAGAGGCUGAUGAGCUGAAAAUGGAACUGGGUAAUCAGGUGAGCUGGAAGGGAUGUAUGGAGGGAGUUGGCCAGAGGGGAGAUAUGGGUUUUGAAGGCAAUGAACAAUCCAUUGUUAGGAGGAGGAGGACACAUUGGGGCCAUAGCGUUUGGGUAUUUGAAAUGUUUCAGCGUUUUCUGUCACCAGCCACAAGAAUCUUACAAGUUUCCGUGCAAAUAAAUGUAAAACACUACUAUGCUGUCGGAAUUGUAAAAGGAUUCCAGCAGGGGCUAGCCUUUUUUGAGGCUGAAGGCCAAGCAAACUGCCCCCUGCUGGGUCUUCAGGCGUUGUUGAUGCCAGGAAUAGAGGAGAUGCUUAGUAGUUUCCGAGAGGCUGGUUUUCAGGCCUUCCAACUCAACAGUUUGUCUUUAGUAAAGCGGGUGGGAAAAAUAAAACCCAAACGCCUUUGGGAGGUGAAUCCCUAGGGCGUAGUCCACCUCUGUAGGAAACAAAUCUGUAUUUUUACAUACGGACUUUUUUUUUUUUUUUUAAAGAUUUAUUUAUUUAUUUGACAGACAGAGAUCACAAGUAGGCAGAGAGGCAGACAGAGAGAGAGGAGGAAGCAGGCUCCCUGCUGAGCAGAGAGCCCAAUGUGGGGCUCGAUCCCAGGACCCUGGGAUCAUGACCUGAGCCGAAAGCAGAGGCUUUAACCUACUGAGCCACCAUACAUACGGACUUUUAAGUAGAGUUAAGAACCCUGAGAAGAGGAAAAGAGACAGGUAAGCCUUGAGAUCUGUUGGAAUGAUUUCUCAAAAUGAAAAUCUGGUCCCUUUCUCUACCCUAGAAAAAACUCUUUAAUGACUUUGCAUGCCUCACAUGGCAUUUCUUCUUAAAUUCUUCAUGGAAUUUAAGGCCCCUUAGGCACUGGUUUCAGCUAAUCCCUCCACUUUUAUGUGGGGCCUCUGUUGCUUACGCACGCCGCCCUCGGCCCAGCCAGUCAUGGUUUUCUGAACAUUUCAUGUUCCUUCACACUGCUGUAUCUUUAGCACCUGCUGUUCCUUUUGGAAGGCCCAGCUCCCACUUUUUGCCUGGUUAGCUCCUCAAAUUUCCAGACUUACUCAAGGGUUACUUUUGGGAAUCCUCUCCUGAUGUCUACUUCCACCUUUUUAUGUUAGUGACCCCAUAGCCUUAUAAUUGCAAAGUCCUUUGUUACCUCCAGUAACUGUGAGCUCUUUGAUGCUGGGGAAUGUGGCUUGUUGCAGGGUUUAAGAAUCAGUUUGGAUCCCUGCUCUACAACGUAUGUGACUGUUGGAAAGUGACCUAUCCUUUCUCAGCCUCACUGUCCUCAUCUGUUAGUUAUUAUUUCAUAGGGACUUCUGGGCCUAGCCAAGCACCUAGGAAAUAUGAAGCUAUCAGAGGUGUUUAAAUUAAUGAAUUGCUAUAGCUGUCAGGACAAAAGGUCCAUGUGCUUUUGGUAUAUUUUGUAUUGUGAAAAGUCUGAGUAAAAAGACCUGACUAUACCCAACUCCUUUUUCUGUCUGUCCCCUGAAGUUCUUCCAUAUUCAGCUUCUAGGCCUCUAGGUUCUCUGUGUGAUGUUCGUCUUGAACUCUGCCAUAUUGUCUGGCAACCAGCCCCAGCUACCUUCCUAGUCAGUCAAGGAACUCAGAACCAGAACUGCUCUGAUAACUUUGAUAUUUUCUAAGAAUGGAGGCUGGUAUUCAUAUCAGUCUUCAGGUCUGACUUUAAUGAGGUCAGAAAUGAAGGGAGGGCUUCCUUGUUACACUUAGACCUGUGCUGUCCAACAUGGUAGCCAUUAGCCACAGGUGGAUUUUGAGCACUUGAAAUGUGGCUGGUACAAAUUGAGCUGUUCUGUGAAUGUAAAAUACUCACUGGAUUUUGAAGAUAUAGGACUAUAAAAAUGGAAACUCAAUAAUUUUUAUAUUGAUUGCAUGUUGAAAUGAUAGUAUUUUGGGUAUGUUGGGUUAAAUAAAAUCUAUUAAAAUUAA